AGUUGACAGGGUCUUACCCUGUGGUCCUUACAAGAGUCAGUCAGUGGGCCAGUGUCUGGGUAGGUCUGCGUGGUGAGGAGUGGGACUUUUGUCGUGCACCUGACACCACGAUGGAUGACAAUCCGAUGUAUGGAUUGCUUUGGGUUCUCCCUCUGGGGGACCCUUUGGUGUCUCCCUAUUCGAAGGAGGAGGAGGAGAAGAUGGCCGCCAUACUGAGAGAGACGAAGGAGGAGGAGGAGGCCAAGAAGAAGGCCUUAGUGGAGGAGCAGGCGGCCAAGUUGGAGAAGAUUGAGGAGGAGGCUGCCAGGGAGAAGGAGAGAAUAAAGAAAGGAGAAGAUGAGAAGCUGAAAGAAGUGGAAGAGGAAGAGGAAGAAGAUGAAACGCCACUGCAAAGAAAGAGAGGGCAAUACAGUGGCAGCAGAGAUGAGAAGAGGAUGGAGUGGAAGCUGGCAGUGAUGAGGGAGAAGAAGAGGAGAGUGGACGCGGCAGCGGAGGCGGCAGAAGAAUUGGAGGAGGUACAAAAGAUAGAAGAGCAAUUAGCCGCCCAGACUGAACUCCCGAAGCAAAUGCAAGUCGUAGCCCGAAACGUUGCACGCCUAGCACGGAUCCAGGCGGAGCAAUAUGACUUCAGUAGGAGUCAACAUAUAGUUGUGCGUUCCAUACGACUGGGAUUUCGAGACUUUGCUCGUGAGUUGGUGGGAGUUGUAGGGGCCGAGGUGGGCCACCGCCUCGACAAGACUGAGCGGUUUUGUGCUGGCGCCAUUGAAGGCGUCAAGGCUAAAAAAUCAUUGUCAAACAUGGCUAUCUUCUCUUUUUUGGUCGGCGGCCGGUCAAAUACAAAGGCCCUUUAGGGCCCAAAUUUCCCAUGUUGUACUAAAUUACUUAUAGAG